UAAUGACCCGCAGAGAUCUCCGUUUGUUAGUUCUGGCUUCUAAACUUUUUCCAUCUCCAGUUGCCACUGCUUUUGCUGCUAUACUUUUCAAAUUUUUUUCUUUGAAGAGAAAGAUCAAGUGAGAUCAAUGGAGGGGAGGGCGAAAAAAAGAAGCAUCUGUGAAAAUGAUGGAACGGUAGGAGGCGCUUCUUCUACUCGCACUUCAACAGAAGGUUAUGGAAUGGCUACUUCACCAGGACAUGACUAUGAAGUAUUCUUAAGCUUCAAUGGAUCAGAUACUCGAGCAGGUUUUACCGACUUCCUUUACACUAGUCUUAAUGAUGCGGGAAUCCGCACAUUUAAGGACGACAAAGAGCUCGGUGUUGGGGAAGAGUUUGGCCCAGAACUUCUCCAAGCAAUUAAUCAGUCGAAGAUCUCAAUACCUAUCUUUUCGAAAGGCUAUGCCUCUAGCGUAUGGUGUCUCAAGGAGCUAGCCCAGAUGGUCGAGUGCCAGAAAACUGGAAGACAAAAGAUCAUCCCUAUUUUUUAUGAUGUGGCGCCUUCAGAGGUGCGACACCAAACAGAGGGUUAUGCACAGGCCUUUCUUGCACAUGAAAACAAGAAGCGACAUGACGAAAAGACUAUUCAAGGGUGGAAGGAUGCUCUCAGUGCAGUGGGAGCAAUAAACGGAUGGGACCUGCAUAGCAAGAAGGAGAACAGGCGAGAAGGAGAGUUCGCAAAAGAACUUACCCAUAAGGUUUUCAGCGAGUUGAAAAAGGGUUAUCUAGCGGUAUCAAACUGCUUGGUCCGUGUCGACAACCAUGUGGACGCAAUCAUGGAAAAGAUAGGUGCUGGGACAAGUGAAACACGGAUUAUAGGAAUCCACGGGAUGGGUGGCAUCGGAAAGACGACUAUUGCCAAAAUGAUCUACAAUAAGCUUUUACACGACUUUAAGAAUUGUUGCUUUCUUCGCGAUAUUCGAGAAGUGUCAGAACGUAAUGGCAUUUGCUGCUUGCAGAAUCAACUCAUCUCUGGCAUCCUCAAAACGAAAGGCAUGGAUAUAAAAGACAUUGAUGAAGGAACUCAGACAAUUAAAGAGAGGUUGUCUAAUAAAAGAGUCCUCCUGCUUCUUGAUGAUGUGCAUGAAAAGAAUCACGUGGAUGCACUUGUAGGUGAGCAUGAUUGGUUUGGUAAAGGGAGUAAACUUAUUAUUACUACCAGAAACAAAGAAGUUCUUGAUGUUCUUAAAGUGGACGACCGUUAUGAGCUUAUGGGCAUGGAUCACGAUCAAUCUCUUCAACUUUUUAGCAAACAUGCCUUCAGAAGAGAUUCCCCUUUAGACGAGUACAUCAAGCAAUCCAAGAGGGCAAUACGCAUUGCUGGAGGUCUUCCGCUAGCUCUAGAAGUCAUAGGCUCACUUUUAUCCGGCAAAAAUAAGAAAAUGUGGGAGGCCACAUUGAAGAUGCUAGAAAGUGUUCCUGAUGAUAAAGUUCAAAGUAAACUGAAAAUAAGUUAUGAUGCAUUAAAUGAUCGGCAGAAGCAUAUAUUCCUCGAUAUAGCUUGCAUUUUCAUUGGAUAUGACAAAGACAUUGUGGUUCAUUUCUGGGAUGAAUCAAAAUUUCCGAAAGUAGCCUUGGAAGUUCUGCAGAACAUGUCUUUGAUAAAGAUUGGAAAGCAUAAUGAAGUGUGGAUGCAUGACCAACUCAGAGACCUCGGAAGAGAAAUAGUUUGUCAAGAAAGUAAGAUGAAAAUAGAAAUGCAAAGUAGGGUGUGGGAUCCUAAGGAAGCAUUGAAAUUGCUGAGGAGACAUGAGGGAGAAACAAAAGUUGAAGCUCUUCAUCUCCACUUUGACCAUGAGCAGCAAUAUUGUUUUACCUGUAAGGACUUUAAGAGAAUGUCAAAUCUGCGGUUUCUUGAAGUUAACGGUUCGGAGGAAUAUUUUCGUGCAGAAGAGAGGCUUCUUUGGCACGAAUCGCCAUCAAAUGUUCCUCCAACUAAUGUUUUUCAGGAGAAUUCAUAUCUCCUUCCACAAUUACGAUGGCUUUCUUGGCGUGAUAUUCCCCCAACAUUUAACAUUACAAAUUUCUCCAUGGAGGAUGUGGUUUUUCUUGAUCUAUCUUGCAGUGAAAUCACGGAUGAUUGGAAGGGGUGGAGGCACAUGGAGGUGAUGAAGAAUUUGAAAGUUGUGGAUCUGUCCUAUUGCGAACACUUGAAGAAAACCCCCAACUUCCCUGCUCAUUCAAAUUUAGAACAUUUGAUCCUAUCGAAUUGUCCAUCAUUGACCGAAAUUGAUAGAUCGAUUUGUCAUUUGAAACGCUUAGUUUCCUUAGAUGUAAGCGAAUGUGAGAAUCUUCAGAGGCUGCCAGGUGUGCUGGGCGGAGAUCUUGCAAGCCUUGAAUACCUAUGUCUGAUACUUUGCAAAUCGUUGGAGAGGCUUCCGGAUACAAUCGGGAAUUUGAAAUCGCUGAUUGAGUUGGAUAUAUCCGCGACACCGAUCAAAGAACUACCCGAUUCCAUCGGAAAAUUGAAAAAUUUGAAAGUAGUGAAGAUGGAGCAGAGUGGCAUAAGCAAAAUACCCGAUGCCUUUUGGACGAUUAAGAAGCUCGAAGAAAUACAUGCCAACAAAAUGUCUUUUGACAAGCGUUACCAUGUGAAUAUUGGCAAUUGCAUCUCCAGCAAUCAAUCCCUGAGGAUCUUGAGAUUGAAAGGGGCGAAUAUAUGCGCGCUACCACGGAGGCUUCCUGAAAGUCUCAUCGAUUUAUGGCUGUCGGAGUUGUGCAUGGACACGUUUCCAGAUCUCUCGAACCUCACUAAUUUAAAGAAACUGGAUCUGAGAUUUAGCAGACGUGAUUAUGAUGGGAAAUCAUAUGGGCCCAUGGAAGAUCCAAUACCACGGUGGAUGGGGAACUUGAGCAAUCUGGAGUCUCUGGCCCUGCGCUUUGAUUGUGAGACCGCCUUACCAACAUACCUAAGCCUCCCUCGUCAACUCAAGUCACUUUACCUCAAGUGCGGGAUUACCACCUUACCAACAGGCCUCCCUUCUCAACUCGAGUCACUUCGCCUCUUGACCCCUAAACUGCGUCACCUCCCGAGGCUUCCCCCAAGUUUAUCCUCCUUACGUUUGCAAGGUUGCAACUCACUUUGCUCGAUGGAGGAUCUAUCUGAUUUGAAGAAUCUAUCAUCUCUCCGCAUUUCGGGCGCUGCAAUUGCAGAGAUUCGAGGCCUUGGUUGUCUGGAGGACCUACGAGAUAUGGCGCUUAAGAGGCUUGGACAGGUGAAGAUACUACCUGAUCUAAGCAAUUUAAACAAACUGAGGCGUCUUGAUGUAUGGAAUUGUUUUAAUCUGGUCGAGAUUCAAGGGGAACUACCACGGUUUUUGGAUUAUUUGGAUAUUUCUUCAUGUCGUUCUUUGCUGAAUUUGCCCGAUUUGUCGAGCUUGAAGGGGUUGCAACAGGUUGGAAUAAGUGAUUGCGCUAAAUUAAAUGUGGAGGCAAUUCUUGCAUAUGCUCGGAUGAAACCACGACAUUUGCGGCUUGCGAGCUUUGACCAGCUGCAGAUCCUACCUGAUCUAAGUAAUUCAAACAAACUAAGAAGUCUUGAUGUAGACCUCUGUCGUAAUCUGGUUGAGAUUCAAGGCGAAUUACCACAAUCUUUGGAAAAAUUGGAGAUUUCUUCCUGUGAAUCUUUGCGAAAGUUGCCUGAUCUGUCGAGCUUGAAGGGGUUGCGAGAGGUUUACAUAAGUGGAUGCGGUAGUCUGGUUGAGAUUCAAGGCGAACUACCACAAUCUUUGGAAAAAUUGAAGAUUGAUGACUCUGAAUCUUUACUGAAGUUGCUUGAUCUGUCGAGCUUGAAGGGGUUGCGAGAGGUUUGCAUAAGUAGCUGUGGUAGUCUGGCUGAGAUUCAAGGCGAACUACCACAAUCUUUGGAAGAAUUGGAGAUUGAUGACUGUGAAUCUUUACGGAAGUUGCCUGAUAUGUCGAGCUUGAAGAGGUUGCGAGAGGUUUGCAUAAGUAGAUGUGGUAGUCUGGCUGAGAUUCAAGGCGAACUACCACAAUCUUUGAAAAAAUUGGAGAUUGAUAGUUGUAAAUCUUUACGGGAGUUGCCUAAUCUAUCGAGCUUGAUGGGACUGCGAAAGGUUGAAAUAAAUCGGUGCAAGAAAUUAGAUGUGGAGGCAAUUUCUUUGCUUUGCUCGGAGAAGGGAGUCGAAUUUCUGGAAGAAGACGAUGAAUGGGACGGAGAAGACGACGAAUCUGAAUCUGAACAUGAUGGAGAAGACGACAAAUCUGAAUCUGAGGGAGAUGAUGCCGAAUCUGAAUCUGAAGAUGAGGGAGAUGACGACGAAUCUGAAUCUGAAGAUGAGGGAGAUGACGACGAAUCUGAA